UAUCAAAACCACGAACAUCCUGCGAUAUGUGACAAGGUUUGAACAAUAACGCAUUUCUCCAGUUUGACUGUGCGACAGCGUUACGGAGACGAUAAAAAUCAAACGUGAUAAAAACUGAUAAGCCGAUUCCCUAGUAGGGGAAUUCAAUAAUCGCAUAGAUGAUAUGGAUGGUGGUGGAUUGAAUCAGCCGGAGAUUGGCCCUUUUAUAGUCGUUUCGCAGACACAUCGAGUUCUUGACAUAGUCUUUUCUCUUCGUAGAAUCUUCGUCCACGUAAAGACAAUUAAGUUUCAGUGAUCUCGGUGUAUAAUAUCUCUUUUUCGCGAUAUGGGAUCCUUGACGAUAAACAGCGAAAGCGAAGCCGAGAUAUCACAGAUGAGUAAACUGCUUUACAAGUUUAAAUUUGCUCAGUUAGUAUAAGUACGCGUCUUUACAACAGCCGAAAAUUUAUCUUUUGAAAAGAAGUCAAUAUUUUUGAGCGUGUUGAUGCGUGAUUUGAAAAUUGUUAUAUAAUAAUUAAGAAUUUAGAGGACAUCCGGAAUCAUGUUAAAUUCAAAACUUAAGCAACGUAUCAAUCUGAAAUUUCUCGUCAAAUUGAAAAAAAAUUCUCUCGAAUCUCUUCGUCUAUUGAAAAAGGUAUACGGAAGGGAGUGUAUGUCACGUGCUCGAAUUUUAAAAUUGCAUAAGCAGUUCACUGACAGUGUAGAUGAAGAUAAAUGUCAUGCGCGUCCGAGCACGUGGAAAACGGUGGAAAAUGUUACAAGGAUCAAAGAAAUUGUCCGGAAAGACAGUUGCAUGACUAUGGAUAACGAGAUAUUCAUCGAAAAUGUUGAGUCAUCCAAUAUAUCUUCUGAGCACAGGACUAGAUCCAGUUCGGUGAUAGAUUCAAUCGGCAUUAAAGAUUUGUUCACAAUUCAUGCAAACAUUGCAGUUCCAUGCCGAAGCAAAUCUUUGUCUACUUUAGAUCAUUAUACAACGCCGGAGGAAGAUCAAAAACAAAAUUUUGACAAACCGGACAUCGCGGAAAGAUUCAAACCCGACACAGAGAAAUCAGAUUUAAUUGACGCCAAUAUUUUUCCAAACAUAGUCGAUGAUGACAAUUUGAUUGGCAUACAAUAUUCGACGUCUACUGCAUUCAUGCCAGUGCCGAUAGAUGCUGACCGUUAUAACAUGAAUCAUAAAAAUCGCGGCAAGUGCAUAAUCUUCAAUCAUGAGGAAUUUGACUCGGGUAUUGACAAACGUGAAGGUUCGACGACAGACGCGAUGAGAUUGCAAAAGAGUUUUGGCAAUCUCGGAUUCGACAUUGAAAUUGAGAAUGAUUUAAGCCACAUGGAAGUUAUGGAUAAAAUAGAGAAACUAAGCCAAUAUGACCAUACAGAUAACGACUGCCUCUGCAUUAUCGUGCUAACUCACGGACUGCAAAAUGACUUGAUAUGGGCGAAAGACGUCGCCUAUAAAUCCGAAAAAAUCUGGAAGCCAUUUACCGCCGAUAAAUGUAUAACGCUAGCAGGAAAGCCAAAAUUGUUUUUCUUCCAAGCUUGCAGAGGCGAUCAGGUUGAUAGCGGUGUAGUACUGUCUCCUCGCAGUUUGAUACCAUCGGAAGCAACAGAUACCGUAUCAUCUUAUAAGAUUCCUACUCAUGCAGAUUUUUUAAUAGCUCACAGUUCGGUUCAAGAUUUUUACACUUGGAGGAAUCCUGUGGAAGGCACAUGGUAUAUUCAAUGUCUAUGCAAAGUCCUGGAUGAAUACGGAACAAAGAUGGAUUUGAUGAGCAUGUUGACAUUAACAGCACGGAAAGUCGCCACGGAUUUUGCCUCCAUUAAUCCCAUAGAUAAGACUAUGCACGAUAAGAAGCAAGUGCCAUCAGCGACGUCGAUGUUAAUCAGAUCAGUUUACUUUCCACCAAAAUUGAAUGAACAAUCGACUACAACGUAAAUUAUCAAAUUGCAAGAGACUACAAAAAGAUCUUAAUAAACUAGGAAAGAAAUAUGGUAUUUUAUAUAAUUACGUAAAUAGCUAUUGUAAGUAAUAUAAUUACUUAGCAUUUAUUUUACUGAUGAAAACAAGUUCCAUGUAUAAUGUACGUAUAUCAUACGUUGAAGAAAUUUUUCUGUUAUGUCUCUUUAAAGAUAUUAAUAUGUUCAUUUAUCUCAAAUUAAAAAAUUAUUGCGAUAAUGUUAUAAGUUUAUAGUAAAAUUGUAUUGGAAUUGAAAUUUAUUAUAUAUGCCCGACAAUUUUACACAAACUGAUUAUAAAAUUUACGAAUGAAAAAGACAACGUGUGAAUAACAUCCUCUAUAAAAAAAAUGAUUUUAUAGUCUAAAAAAAAUUGUUAGCAAAUGUGAAAUACAUGUGUUAAUGGCUAGAUAUUUAUAAUA